GAAGCCCUUUGACUGCAAAAUGGACAGAAGAAAGGAGGGCCCGGUUCUCAAACAUGUGGACGAUGUCGAGACGGGGGCCGAUACCUACGCGGGCAUCAUGGCCACCAACAAACCCAACCCGCGAGGGCCUGGGUACAUGAAGCUGUAUCUUCUCGCCGGCAUAUGCUUUUUCUGUUCGACCAUGAACGGUGAGAGAUCCUCUAGUAGUUACACAUUUGCAAUAGUCACUUACGCUACGAAAGGUUACGACAGCGCUCUUCUGGGGUCCAUCAACGCCCUGCCAAAUUACACAGAAUACUUCGGACUUCCCGCUAAUGGAAACGCGAGCACCGGCAUCGUCUUUGCCAUAUUCCAGGUUGGUCGCGUCCCAAAUCUUCUCGACCAUCAUUUCUUAAUACCCCGGAUGUAG